CACCCCACAACCUCAUACCGCCCGAGCAAAACUUAACACAGCUUCCCAGCUGUGGGGGGCUAGGAGAGAUCAGUACGGCGACAAGCCAACCUGCGCGCGUGUGGUAUGCCGCUAGUCUGAUGCGUGCUGCUGCUACCGCCGCCUCUAGCGAAUCGCCUCUCUGCUGCUCUUUCUCAAUAGAAAUCCGCGCCAGCGAGAAACUGGUGUGCCCGGGAUAGUACACGCUUUGAUACCAUACCACCACGCCCUGCAGGGCUACAGCAGCAGCGAGGAGACGAUGGCCAGCUCAGACGGAGAGGCGGUUACUGCUCCAGCAGGGGGGGGAAGUGGUGGACCGAGGCUGGUUUGCAGGAGAAGCCCCGGGGGUAGCCCCAAGCGAUGCGAGUACAGCAGCCCUAAACGGUGGUGUAGGGAACGCCAGCUAGAAUCGGUGGCUUUUAUUGGGCAGGGCAGCGACGCGAACGUGUACCUCGUGCGCUGCAAGCUGACGGGGAGGAUGUCUGCCUUGAAGGUCCAGUUGAAGGCGGAGCACGAGAAGAACGUGGAGCGAGUGCACAUGGAGCGGCAAGUAAUGGUGGAUGCCCGCCACCCCCUCGUGGCCCCGCUGUACGCGGCGUUCCAGGACAGGAUGUACCUCUACCUCGAAAUGGAGUACUGUCCGGGAGGGUCGCUGGACAACUUCCUGAGGUAUUUCGUCAAGAGGAACCUCACGGAGGACGAAGCUCGUUUCUACGCAGCGGAGAUAUCGCUUGGGUUGGAGUUUCUGCACUCGAAAGGCUACGUGUAUCGAGAUUUGAAGGCGGCGAAUGUCCUGGUGGCCGCGUCCGGGCACGUCAAACUCACCGACUUCGGCAUCUCGGAGCGAGGGAAGUUAAGGAUUGAGACGAACGACAGGGUGCGGAAGAAGGAUAUCUCUCCGCCGCGACCCUUACCUCGGGUGAAGUCGCUCCCGGGCUUCAUAGUGGCUGUGAAAGACUCGCCAGAAUUGUCUCCUUCUACCUCUUCUUCUGGCUCGCGGCCGGUGUCGAAUAAACCCGCCGGCGGCUCUGCAUCGGGAGUCGGCGUCGUCGGAGGUCCGUCUUCGGACGGCCGAGGAGGAGGCGUUGCCGAAGCGCGGACCGGGGGGCAUCGCCGAGCUUCCUCCGCCCGUGUUGCCAUCACCACCAAUGGCAGCAGCUCCACCACGCCCAGCACCCCCUCCUCCUCCUCCUCCUCCUCGCCAGACUCGUUGUCGGGUGACCCGCAUUCCUCUCUCGAGUCUGCGGUCACCGCCGGCGCUGGCGGCGGCGGCGGGUCGCGUUACUCGUCGUUUUUUCGCCGGAAAAAGCGGCGGCAGCAGCAAGAUGGGCCUGGGGCGACUCCGCCGCGGCCCCCGAGCUUGAGCCUGGGCAGGCGGAUGCGGGGCAGGUUUUUGCGGAGCUCUCGUAGCUCGGUGUCUUCUUCGUGCUCUUCCUCGGAUUCUUCUUCUCCGUCCGUGUCCCCGCACACCGCUGCGGCUCCGGGCGGCGGUGGGGGCGUGCCGCCCCCGUCUCCCAGGUGCAGGGGCAACGAAGACUUGGGGUCCAGAAGCCCGCCUUCACCGACAUCCCGCGGACGUGCGGGGAUGCGAAGAGCCACUGUCACCCUUGGCGAAGCUUCUUGGGGGCUGCUCUCGGGGUCGCCGGAGUAUAUGGCGCCGGAGGUCCUGAUGCACGAACCCCAGGGGAGCGCCGUGGACUGGUGGGGUCUGGGUGUCCUGGUCUACGAGCUGCUGCUGGGCCGCACCCCGUUCGCCGGAGAGAACGGCAAAACCCGCCUCACGUUCCUCAACAUCAUGCACGGGGAGGCCCGUUUCCCGGAGCCGGGGGAGCGCGACGAGGGGGACAUCAGCGGCGUCUGCCAGGAGUUUGUGCGGGCGCUGCUGGUCAAGGACCCCCGGGGACGCGCUGGCGGCGCGUCCCCGGUGCGGGAUCACGCCUUCUUCUCCGGUGUGCGGUGGGACCGCCUUCUCGAAGAGGAACCCCCGCUGCGGCCUCCUCCCGGGUGCUGCACGGGGGCCGGGGGGGGGGCGGAGGAGACGGCGGCGGCGUUUGUUGGGGUCCCCGCGGGGGAGAACGAUUCUGGUUGGUGGUGGGACGAUGCGAUCGCCGUCGAGGACGAGGAGCCGGCGGGGUGGAGAGGGGCAAGGGUGGCAGGACCGGGAGGCACGGAGAGAGAUUGGUCGCCGUUUGAUCGAUUCAAUUGGAGUGAUAGUGACAGAGGUGCUCGAGUGGGGCAGUGAUUACGCGGCGGCGGUCUCUGGACAACUGUUACUACUUGAUGACAUAGGGCUGCUAUUGAUCGACAGCGGGGAGGGGGGCGUUUUUUUUUUACGUACAGCGAAUGUUUUUGCUUGGCCGGCGCGCCCCAUAUUGCAAGGUGUAAGUGGUUGCGUGUCAUUUUUUGUGGGCGUGCAAGAAGUAUUUUUGUGUGUUUGACGUAAAUGGUGUUAGUUUUUUCGUCUGCCCCCCAGGGGUGGAGUUAUCGCUUGCGGGGCUGGGGCGCUCGCUGCGGGUUGCUGUGCUGCCCGUGCCGAUUGCUGUGUGCCCGUCCCGAAAAUAGUUGUUUGUGUGUCAUUUUUUCUCGUUCAUGUUUUUAGUCGGUGUGGCAGAGCGCGCGGUGAAGGUGGUCCUUAGAACCACCAGCGUCGACACGCGCGCCAAUGUUGAAGAAGAGGGAGAGAAAACCGCGUUUGUUUUGCGGUAGAGUAGUCUGGAUGGCCAAUUUAAGCAGUUGCCGUACGAGAGUAUCAGUUGAAACCUUCUGCGGAGCGUGUUCUUGUGCGAAGAAAGACGGCAAAGAGGGAGCAGAAGCCUGUUGCGGAUAGAUACCCUUAAGGAAAAAAUGUAAAACUUGUUAGCCUUUGCCCCCCCCCACCGAUCCCGCCGGCCCGCGGCUGCUCCGCGGAACUGCGAAUUGAAGUCCUUGUGUGAAAGAACCCGUAGUCUACUACCUGUUGUUUGAGAUUUCGUACAUUACGUUUGAUUCAUUCGUGCGGCGCUGUGUGCACUGAUGCAUGAUUCAAGGUUUGGGUAGGAACGCAGAUGUGCCAAGAGAACACAAAGACGGUAUCGUCGAGGGAUUCCUUGUUUUAACAUAGUCCAGCGUGAGGCAGCGUUGAUGCCAUCUGGUGGUUGAGUUAGAGCUAGUCUGGUUUAAAGUCCUUGUCUUGUCCGGCAUUGCAUCUGCAAGCGGUCCAGUUGUUCGCACCUAGACUACUCGUCCUUCGCUGACCUGCACCCCCAAAUGGUGCACCACGUGUAAAGGCCGAGAGUUUCGGAGACUUUCUUUUAGGGGAGAGGAGGUUACGUUAAGGGGGGGGGGGGGGGGGGAUCCUUGAAACCUGAGCACACCGCAAGCAGCGUCAGUCUCUCGUGACUCGUAUGCCCUGUGCAGGUUACGUAUGGUGCGUGUCUGGGUUAUUUGUUGCGCUAGGCAGUUGUGACGCUUGAUGUGAUAGGGCGUGUCGGGUUGCUACGCGUGCUUCUCCGCCCUGUACAUGAGGUCUAGCGUUUUUCGUCCAUAUGUUGUUAGGGAAAAAAGUAAAAAAGUAAUUUGCGGGUAGAUGAUACGUUACUGUUAUUGCGCACCGAUUCUCGAGGGUGGCUCUCGGAACAAAAAAUGGUGGUUUGCGGUCCACCUGCCCUGACGUAGUUCGAUAACAUGAAGCGUUUCCGUUCACUAAUGCUGCUGCUGUUGCACGCAAGUAUCAAGCCAACCACGACAUCCGGUCACGCAGCACAAGAUCUUCCGU